CCGGCGGCAGCCGCGGUAGCUGCCAGUCCAGAACAGAAUGAUGGGCAACUCUCACCACAAGCAACCGAGGAGUAAGAGCCAAAGCAGGAUGCAUUCAGCAACAGCUGCAGCUAACUCGAGUCGGGAAAAUGCGACAGCGACUGCCCACUCGAGGUCGUCAUGGCGACAGCCAGUGAACGUGUUCCUCUCCUCUGGCAGGCCCCCGAGUGUAGAAGAGCUGCUUCGCGAGGCGCAGCUCAAUCUCCAGAGCCUGUUGCAAGAAGAAUAUGAGGAACAGUACUCGGAAGCCAGACUUCUGGGGCAGACCUUCCGCUCUUCUGAUGAGGCCCCUGAGCCCACCCCCAGCUCAAGGCCCCAGUCUGCCAAACGUCUGGAAUUUGUGUUGAUGCCUACAAAACGGCAGCUGAGCGAGGAUGAGACUACCACCCAGGGUGUGAGGGCCCCUGAGGCCUCCCUGAGCCUGUCUACAGCCGACAAGCCAACUGCCUGGAAUGGCCCCUUCCCUCUGCCCAUCCUAGAGGAAAAGCGGUGGCCUCAGCCCUGCUCCACGCAGUCUGAUCUUGUGCCCAUCAACAUCUCUGGACAGCAGUUUGAUAAACACGCAAGUUUGCGACACUCGUUGUUUAACACAGAAACAGCCGUGAACCCCAAGUCCACCCUGAGGCGGAGGCGGACCAUUAUUGGAUUCUCUAACUUUUCCCAGCGAGACCAAGGUCACAGCAACAGCCCGGCAGGCAGUGUGGCUCGACCUAUCACCUCAGACACCAGGCCUGGCCACUCAGCUCCACAAAAUGUUCAUGGAAGAGUUGCUGUUGGGCAGGAAGCUCGGUUCCCAAAUCUCUCCUCUCCAGGACUGAGAAAUCCAUCUAGUGAGCCCGAAGACCCUCACCAGGCACGUGGUGGCCCAGACCCUCCUGGCAUGGAGAGCAUGGGAAUGGUGUAUAGUGUCCCCAGUUCUUGCAAUGGACCAACAGAAUCAACGUUCUCUGCUUCCUGGAAGGGAGAUGCUUUUACCUACAUAACUCCAAGUGCCACCAGCCAGAGCAGUCAAGUCAAUGAAAAUGGAAAAAAUCCUUCCUCGGGGAAUUCUUGGGUCUCUCUGAAUACACUUCCACCUCUGGUUCCUAAAGAAGCAGCUUCCCUUUUUGUCACCCGCGAUAACCCAGCAGGGUGCAGUGGGUUAACUGGCUACUCUGAGCACCCUACUCAACGAAGGCAAGUGCCAGAAAGACCCCCUAAGAUUGGCCUUCUGACUGGUGGUACCUCAAGGCUUGAGACAGGCCCAGGUGGGACCAGCAGAUUUCGGGAGCGGUCAUUAUCUGUGCCCACAGAAUCAGGAACCACAGAUGUAGACUACGAAGAAGAACAGAAGGCCAGUGAGGCCUGUGCUCUGCCUUAUGCCAGUACAAGCUCUGAGGGCAGUAACAGUGCUGACAACAUUGCAUCCCUUAAUGCUGAGCAGGAGGCCCGUCACAGAAGGCAGAGAUCCAAGAGUAUCUCGCUCAAGAAGGCCAAAAAGAAGCCUUCUCCACCAACACGCAGUGUCUCACUGGUCAAAGAUGAGCCAGUCCUCUUGCCAGAAGGUGGAUCAGCAUUGCCCAAGGACCAGAGGCCCAGGAGCCUAUGCCUGUCUUUGGAACACCAAGGACAUAACCCAUCCCAUCCAGAUGCUCAGGGUCACCCAGCUGUGCCAACCCUCAAAGAUUCAGAAGGUACACAAUUCUCCCACCACUGGUAUCUUACUGACUGGAAGUCUGGUGACACCUACCAAUCUUUGUCUAGCUCCAGCACUGCCACUGGCACCACAGUCAUUGAGUGUACCCAAGUUCAAGGCAGCUCAGAAUCUCUUGCCUCUCCUUCCACCUCCAGAGCCACGACACCUUCCCAACUCUCCAUCGAGGUGGAGGCCAGAGAAGUAUCCUCCCCAGGAAGGCCCACUGGACUGAUGUCACCUUCCAGUGGAUACUCCAGCCAGUCAGAGACACCAACACCCACUGUCUCCAUGUCCUUGACCCUGGGCCACUUACCCAGUUCAAGCAGCAGUGUCCGGGUACGUCCAGUGGUACCUGAAAGAAAGUCAUCACUACCCCCAACAUCACCAAUGGAGAAAAUUUCCAAGUCACGGCUUUCAUUUGACCUACCAUUGACCUCUUCAGCCAACCUAGAUCUGUCUGGGAUGAGUAUCUCCAUCCGCAGUAAAACCAAGGUGAGCCGCCAUCACUCAGAUACCAAUUUUGGGGCCAAGCUGGCACAGAAAACUAGUCCCAACCAGCCAGUCAUGCCCAUGGUUACUCAGUCUGACUUGCGUUCUGUUCGCCUGAGGUCAGUCAGCAAGUCUGAGCCAGAAGAUGACACUGAGAGCCCAGACUAUGCUGAGGAACCCACAGCAGAAGUCUUCACCUUGCCAGAAAGAAAGGUGAAACCUCCUGUAGCUGAGAAGCCUCCACUGGCCCGAAGGCCUCCAAGCUUGACCCAUAAACCACCAUCUGUCCCAGAGGAAUACCCACUAACUUCACCUGUGACCCCCAAGAAUGCCAUUCAACCUGUGAGGCCGCUCCCCCAAGACAGCUACACGGUGAUGCGGAAACCAAAGCCCUCUAGCUUCCCUGAUGCCCGGAGCCCAGGGGAGUCAACAGGACCCUCAUCUCUUGUUUUCACGCCUUUUGCCAGUUCCUCUGGUGCUUUCUUCUCAGGAACACAGCAACCUCUCCAGGGAUAUAUGGGGGACGAAGGCCUCAAGGUGAGAGCCCUGCCUGAAAGAAUUAGCCUCCAGAGCCAGGAAGAAGCCGAGAGAAAGACGGGCAAGAUUCCACCUCCUGUACCAAAAAAGCCCAGUGUGCUGUACCUGCCUCUCACCUCUCCAGUAGCUCAGUUGGAGGCCUAUGUGGCAGAACCAAGACUGCCUCUCAGUCCCAUCAUCACCCUGCAGGAAGAUACCAAGUGUCCCCCCAUCAGGGAUGACCUGCCUGGUAAAAGGACAACUUCAGCUCCAAAGUUUGACAGUGAAAAGGAAGCAAGCUCUCUGGGGAGUUCUGUGGAGCCAAGCACUGAAGAGAAAAGUUUAAUCAGUGAUAAAACAGCCGAAUGGAUUGCGGAGGAGGAUGAUGACGUGUUUGUGGCUUCACGCACAACUGAAGAUUUAUUUACUGUGAUACACAGGUCCAAAAGAAAACUGCUUGGCUGGAAGGAGCCUGGAGAGGGUUUUGCCAGCAGCAGACCAAGCUCUCACUCACCGGUAAAGAACACAGCUGAUUCUCCAAUCAGUGAGCCUGCCACCACUGCAGGGUCAAGCGGCAUUGCCAGCCUAGAUGCUGGCAGAAAUGAUGAUUUCAAGGCCUUGCUCCUGAAGAAGGGAAGUAAGGCAGCUCCAAGGUCCCGCCCCUCAGCAGCUGAACUGCUGAAGACCACUAAUCCACUGGCUAGGAGAAUUAUUGCACAGUUUUCAAAAGACUAUGAAAACACCGAUAACUCCAGUACCUAAGCCCUGAGUUCAACAAACAGGGUUUACUUACUAAACUUGAGUAGUGAAGGGGGAAGAGAAAGGGUUAUAAAAAGGAACCAUGGAAAUCACAAAAGAGCCUACAUUUCUUUUACAUUAACUCACACUCUGGCCAGCAGGAAAGAGGCUACUUCAACUAGAACUGAAGUUGUAAGGCGCUGGAAUGGUCUUUAAACAUUUGCAUUUCCAUAAUUACACCCUCACCAUGACUGGUUACUGGGUUUCUUCUUAUUUUCCCCCAGUGGUGUGCACUGACUAAGGAGGAAUUCUCAGAAGCAAAGGUUGUACCAUAUUUUUCAUGUCACCUUUUCAAUUAAUGUCCUGGCUGCUCCAGCCCUGGCUUCUGCCACUGGCAGCCUCAGUAGGAGAGCAGAAAGGGGGUUGUCAGCCCCUUGGGGGUGGGGCCAUCAGGUGCCAUUGCUGAUUAUUCAUUCUCAUGGAGGCCUUGACAAACCUGUAUGGAGAUACAGAAAAACUGCGAGGCCUCCUUAACCACAGUGUGAUUCCUCCAGUGAGUUUUACAGGUGUGCACUUAUUUCGGCAUGGGGUUGAUUGGAUGGCUUUUGUGGUGCAAAAUAUGAAUGUGACUCUAUCCUGAAAUUUCAUGCCUUUUUCAGUUUGAUUGUCUACACGGAGAUCAGGGUGAUGAGUUUCAAUAAAUGUAUAGGACCUCCCAACAUUAUCUAGAAAAGGUCCUGACUGGGUGGAUUUGGAUGAACCAAGCUCAGCCAACAAACAAAGUAGCUGUUCCCUCAGAUCUAUCCAAGGUAACUCGCACAUGCGCCUUGAGGUCCUUCAAAUGUCAGUCAACAUGGAUAGCUAAGAUCUGUGCCCAGGUCAUGCUGCAUUCUAAGAAUUCCUGUUUCAUUUGCAUAUAGCAUUCAGUACAGGAAGUAAUUAGCUGAAGGGCCAGCAUCAUCAAAGGCUCAAGGAGAAUAAGUGCAUUUUUCCCCACACCAUUCAAUUCAGAUGGCACUUUGUGGUUGGUUGGAUUUUGUUUAAAGGAAUUCUGACUCUAUUCCAAAAACCAAGAACUUAUAGAUUAAAAGGAUCUACCCAGAAUCUUAAAGGCAACCUUGCAAGUUGCUAUGGCCCAUAAUGCAAAAAGGGCUACUUUUUGCCAUUUACAGUCUGCUGUUUGACCAACUUUCAGUUAACCAUGCUCCGGGAGUACAUAAGAACUUGGGUAAAUGGGAUACUGAAAAGAGUUUUGGAACACAACCCCUCCCCCAUCCAAAGCAAUCAGCCGCUAACUAUUCUUUUCAGCUCAAUUUUCUAAGCAGAGCAAGAGCAGUGAUUCAUUUGAUUUCCAUAUCCCUACUUUCUGGGAGUUGAGGACAAGACAGGAAAAGCAUUGAACAGAGAAAACCUACUGACCAAUGUUGGAAAGUUUUAAUUGUCUAUCUGUCGCAAGAGGCAAAAAAGAAAGUCAAAUGAAAUUGUAGCCUGCUUCACAAAGAGGGUUCCCAGACCCCUUCCUCCUUUAUGCUCACCCUACAGAUUCAUUUGUCAACUUCCUGGAAGAUACAUCAAGAGUUCCAGUGACAAGCAGAUCUCAAUUUUGAUAGGACACUCUUCACCAAUGAGAAGCAAGUUCUUAGCUCAACUGUCCUCACUCCAGUUGGACAGAGAAACUGAAAACCCACUUUAAGUGCUAAGAAGACUCAGGCUUCUCACAUAGAAGCCCUAGGCCUAGGCUACUGGUUGGUCCAAUUAUGAAUUCUAGACUAAUGGGAGCAGCCAGGCUCACCAACUCCCUUGCAAUCAGCAACUCUCCCGAUUUAGAAAGAAGCCACUGAGAAUGGUAGACAGCUGGUCAAAGUCCAGUUGCUUUUGAAAGUAUUUGAACUAUCUGGUUUGAAGUUUCUGGGAGGUUGCCAGAAAUGAAAUAAAAUAGAUUCAUCCUUGGCCUUAGUUUAUACAUGAAUGCUACACUUAUCUGUCCUGGACUCAGAAUUCCAAAUGAUGGAAACAUUUUGCUCUGGAAGGAAAUGAAGGAGUGUUUGUGGUUUUGCCUAACAAAAGUGAAAGGCUGCCAGAGCCUGCUCCUUGGGAACCAUUAUGAACAGCUGAACUCUAAAGUAUGAGAGUAUAAUGUAGGACUUAUUACUUCUGCUGUUUUUUCUGGAAGCUUCUUGUUUGUGAGUUCUAGUGGGUUUUGCCUCUCCCUUUGCCUUGCUACCUAUGGAGACAUUCCCUAAAGUUUCUAAAGCUAAAUACCCAGACACUUUGGUGUUUUACAGUUUCUGUGAUCCUUGUUUUCCUCUACAGAACUCCAUAUGCCUAGAAUUUUUUUAAUAUCUUUGUGUCAUUACCAUGGCCCACACAUGUCCCCAUUAGCACAAGAGGAUUUGGGAGCAGAGAUUGUAUGGUGAGAGACAACAUUUAGGACUGGAAAUAUUCAUUUAAUAUUUUGCAAAAGAUGGAUCUAGUCCCCCAAAAACCAAACCAUAAAUCUUCUACAAUUCAUUGAUUUAAUUAAUACCAAGCAUCUUUUCUUCUCCUAACACUCAACCUCUCUCCUGCCCUUAUCACUUUUUUGUGGUGCAAGGAUCAAACCCAGGACCAUAUGCAUGCAAGGCAAGUGCUUUACCACUGAGCUAUAUCCCCAGCCCUGCCUUGAUUACCAUAGCACCGAUUUUCUCUCCCACCCAGGCAUUUACCACCAUGUUUGCCACCUUCUGGGCCUACUCUGCUGAGGCUGGAGAACAGAGAGAAAAAUCCCCAAGAAGGCUCUCAGUAAAGCUACUACCACUGCUAUGACUAUUAUGAAUAAUAAUGAGAAUAAUUUUCAAAAGUGGAAUAUUGAAGAGGUUGGAGGGAAGUGAAGCUAGCCCCAGGAUGUCAGUUUCCAACUUCAACUCUCUUUAUCCCCACCAGUAGUAGUAGGUGGCUUUGGUCUUGUCAUGAGCAGAGGGAGCCAUCCCCAAAGAGGCAGUUAAUUGGUAUCUCAGAAUGCUUUGCAUGUAGUGGGGAUUCAUUACAUAUUUGUGGUUCUAAUGUGGACAUUAGUAAGUUCUUAGUUCAAAUGCAGGCUUUGCUGGUGCCUCCUCUCUUUUGCCUGUACUACUUGGACUGCCUGGGCCUCCCACCUGGCUCCAAUUUGUCCCUCACCCCCAACACCCAUGAACUACAGCCCUAGAUAACAGCUCAACCAUGAAAGACACAAGGCUACAGGCAGCCAAUAGUUCACAUUGGUUUAAUGACCACAAGUUGACCGGCUGAUAAUGAUCUGGAGAAAUUACCACAAAUGAAUAAUGACAACAGAGUCUCCAAAGCUGUCCUAACAAGCAUUUUUGUCUGACAUCCACUUUAACUAUCUAGACAACACAGAUCCGAUUGUACCUAUCUCUCUGAGCAGAUCUGCCUAUAAACCUGUCUUCUUCCUCAUCCUGGAACUAGUCAGGAAAAAAAAAACAAGUUCAUGCUCAGUGUUGCUCCUCACUGGUUCAGCCUUCCAUAUUCACCAAGUCUGUGACACAAAUGGUGAGCUUUCGCUUUAAUAUGAUUUGCCAGGGCCAGGACUGGGGUGAGGUGGGCGAAGCGCCAAGUAGGCGCCUGCCUGCUCUAAGGGCCUUGCAAGUGCCUUACCCUCGUCCGGGCCCUGUGAUUUGCACUCUUCAAAGUGAUAUCAGUUUCUCUUCUUCCACGUAUUGUUCUGAUUUGGGAGGCUAACUUCCUAUCUGUUGUUGCACCAAAUGUUUUAUUGGUAUCUGUUCUUUCAUUCAGGCUAGAAGCCUUUGUAUGCCUACGCAUCACAGAAUCUUCAGAGUUAUCAAAAAACAUAGUUGAUUUCUAAGUAACCUGCUCCAUGCGACAAGUUAGCACCCAUUUCAGUAGGGACAGCCCUUCAGAAAAAUAGUGAAUAAACUGGAGGUCUGCCCACGCCAUCCUCAGUCUCCUUCUGCUCCCUUCCCCCAGCACCAACUCUCCUUAGUGCCUCCUGCUUUGUUCUCCCCUCUCUAAGAAAACACGCUCUCAGGAAAGGGAUAAAUUAAUUUACUUUGAGAUUAUAAAUAAGGCUUAAUGCUACCUCUUUUGAGGAUUGCUUGCAUUUUAACAGGGGAAAGCCUUAAGCCAAAGGAAUGAAGUUCUACUUGCAGAAUGUUAGGCAUCAACUAAUUGUAAAAGUGUAUUUUUCACCAUGGAAAGGCCAGAUUCCCUGAUGGCUAACUCCAGAGUAUAGAAAAUAACUUUAUCUCCUGGAAUAAUUAUAGAUAGUAGCUGAUGGUCAAUCAGAUUAUCCAGAUACCCAGUGCUGUUCAGUAUGGUUACUACCAAGAGACUCUCAGAAUUGGCUUCUAAAAGCCACUGAGAAGGCCUAGAUCAUUCAUAUUGUACAUUAACAUGUUAUAUAACAGAGUUAAUACUACUUAUCAUUUGAGUAAAAGAACACAAAAAUUUGAAGAGUUUGUGGAAAUGUGUCCUGUUUGUGAAAGAUUAAACUGUGCAACCCGUGUCCAUCAAUGUCAGUCGUCCAGUAUUGGUAGUGAUACUUAUUGGAGGUACAACUUUAUUAAACACAGGCCUCUGCUCUCCCUCCCCCCAUUUUACCUCUGUUAUGUGCUAUCACUUCAGCUUGGUGUGAGAAUGAGACCAUAUUAUUAUCAGAGCACCCAGUCCCUUUAAAGCCUUUGCAUGUAUUUCAGCUAUAAGUGACAAAGAUAUUAGAUUUAAAAGGAUGAAAGAGUGGGAAAGAGAUACAAAGAAGUGCCUUUGUCAAAGGGCAGAAAACAGUAUAAUGAUUUAAACAAUGAUGAAAUAAGCAAAGUUUUAGAAUACUUUGAAAUAGGCUUAUAGAGAACUAUAGUAGUAAAUGGUUAUGAACACAUAUUAGGGGCACAACACUUUUAAUACACUAGCAAAAGAAAUUUGCAUGAGCAAUGGAUUAUGUAAGAUAGGUAUAUACUUUUGUUCAGUAAAGCCCAAAAUCUAGGCCAGUGAUUCUCUUAAGUGUGGUUCCAGGACUGGCAAUAGCAGCAUCCAUGGAGGAGGGGGAGAGAGAGAGAGAGAGAGAGAGAGAGAGUGAGUGUGUGUGUGGUCCAGUGAUGUUACUCCUUCAAGGCCCUGAAUCACUACAGCCACAACUCUUCAACUGAUCCCAACCUUUCCUGUUAUUUUGGAUGACAUUACAGUGAUCAGUUUCUGGCCAAAAGAUGUAUAUCAUUGUCUUAGGCAUAUAUUUGUUCGGUGUUAAGAAAUUAUCAGAUUGAGGGCCAGGGUUGUGGCUCAGUGGUAGAGCACUUGCCUAGCAUGUGUGAGACACUGGAUUUGAUUCUCAGCACCACAUAUAAAUAAAUAAAUGAAGGUCCAUCAACAACUAAAACUUAUUUUAAAAAAAAAGAAAUUAUCUAAUUGAGCCAGGUGUGGUGAUACACGCCUGUAAUCCCAGUAACUUGAAGGCUGAGGCAGGAGGAUCUCAAGUUCCUGGCCAGCCUUGUCAACCUAGCAAGAGUCUGUCUCAAAACAAACAAACAAAAAAAAGCUGGAUGGUAAGUGUCCCUAGGCUCAACCCUCACUACCACAAAUAAAUAAAUAAAUAAAUACCAGAUUGAAUCAAUUAUUUAAACUACAAAACCUUUGAUUUGACUUAGCCAGCACAUCUGACCUGGUUUGGGUUUUUAAAAGAAAAUUAACUGAAUUUAAACAAAAAAAAGGGAAAGGUGUUACACUUGUUUGGUAUUGCCAAUCCUUAAACAACAGUCUUCACCAUGGUGGCUAUUCUCCAAGAGGGCUCUGGCAGAAGUAUAUUUGAUUUUAAGAUUUUUGCCUAAAGAAUGGAGUUUGAUAGCAAUGAACUCCAAAACAAAAUAUGAACCGGAACAGUUAACCCCCUCAGCCUCUUUGUAUGCCAAGCUUUAUAGAAAUUUAUUCCUUAUGUGGUCUUGAGCUUUUUUAUGUCCAAUUUUAUAAAAUUUUAUGCAUGCAAACGCAGCAUUGUGCUCAUUGUUCCAGUCACCUCAAACUCAUACCUUCCUCUGUAUGUGUGAUGGUGAAGAAAUAUCAAUAUGUAUGUUCUGAUGUCUCCUGAUCAAUUGUAAAUUGCAAACCUUUUCAUUCAUUUUUCAAUGAUAUAUAUUUACUCUGUCUAGUAGUUAAGAUUUUAUUCUUUUUAUUAUAUCUCAUUGCUACUUUUUUCUACUAACUCCAAAACUUACUUUGGGGAAUAUUUCUUAUUUCAAGAUUGUUGUAUUUAUCUUAUUUCUAUAUUUAUCUAUAUUCACAGAAUGUUAGAGUUGAAAGGGACCAACCUCUCUCAUUCCAUAGAUGAGGAAACUGAGACCAGAAUGGUCAAAUAGCUUACCUAAGGUCAGGCAGUGAGCCAGAGGCAAGGCCUAACCUCAAUUCCAGGUCUCCUGCCUCUGGGCUGAAUGUUUUGUCACUUAAAGUACUACACUUAUAGAAUACCCACAGCUUUCUUCUACUUUUAUGACUUUCAAAUUUCCCAGGUAUUUCAAUGAAUUAAUAUAUAUAUAUAUAUACAUAUGCUUUAAGAAAAAAUGCUCAAGAGUUCUUUAGUUCAUGAAUCCAAAGAUAAAUCUGAUUUUUAGCUUAGAAACUUUUGUUCCCUCCAUAUUCAGUAUCUGUGCCCUACUUUGUAUAAUGGAUGUUGUACCUAAAAAUUGUGUGAAAUGGGUUUUUAUAGAUCAAAUUUCAUUUUUAGUAGGGAGGCUUCCUAUAUAAGGGAAUCUUCUGGGGAUUUCUUUUGAAAAACCAAGGCUCCUCUUGUCCCUUAAUGUCUCUAUUUUUUUAGUAUGAACUUUUGUAUUUGGUGUUUAUUUAAGUAGGGCAAACCAAUAUUAGCUUUCCUAGAAUCUACUUUAGCCUUCCCUUAAUCUUUAUGAGAAAUUUUCAGAUUGUUAGAUGUUCGUGCAUUACUCAGCAGUGUUCUAGAAACUUCACUUGGCUUGAUAUUUUGUCAAUCCCUGGGCUCAAACCUCAUCUUUUUCUUAUUGAAAAAUAAUACAAUUCCCUAAUCAGUACUAAGCUCUGCAUGGAGUGUCUUUUCCAGAAUAUUCUUUGCCUAAUGUUCUUAAAUGUGGCUCUCUCUUUGGCUAUCCUUGGACUUCCUUCCUUAGUUCAUGCAUAUCUUACUAUUCUGUGGACUUGGAGGCAGUGCACUUUGAGGGUUGUGCCAAUCAUAUUGAAUGGUAUUUCCAGUUAUUGUUAUCAUCCCCCUGUUUCUUCUGGACUUCCUCUGGUUUCCCUUUUCAGGGACCUCAGAGGCUUCUUACCAGAGAUUGGUAGGAUUUCCACCAUCAUCUAGACCAGGGACUGACACUCUUCCUCUGCAAAGGGCCAGACAGUAACUGUUGUAAGCCUUCUGGACCACAUACAGUCUCUAACACAUUUUUCUUUGCUGUUACUGUUUGUUCCUUCAUUUGUUUUACAGACCUUGGAAAAUGUAAAAACAAGUCUUAGCUUAUAGGCCAUACAAAACCUCAGGCUGAACUUGGCCUGCUUGUCAUCAUCAUCACUAUCUGGAACAGGUAUUUCUGUGACCUGUCCCAAGUGGUAAGUGGGUUGUAUAUCAGAUGAUGUGGCUCACUGCCCUCAUAUUUCCUGCAUCAUCAGAUCAGUCUGACUGCACAUGGGCAGGGAGAGAGGGGCUGCAUGUGCCAACCAUUACAUUGGAUGUCCCUCAUUGACUAGCUCUCAUUACUGACUACCUCAGUGUAGAAACACUCGUUCUUUUCUGGAUCUGUCCUUGUUCCUUGUUUUUAAGUGUUCCUCUGCCUCACCAGGUUGGAAGUAAGGUAGUAGGAAAGAAUGAAUUUCUGAGUUUUCUUAUUUCUUUAAUCUUGUCAUUGCUCCCCACACCUUGGGCUGCUCUCUCCUGCCCCAUACUGCCAUCACAAGUUUAGGACUAUCAUUGGAAAGUCUGGUUGUUCAGGCCAUAAAUUCUAAUCCAGUCUAUGAUUUCCUAGAGAAAUCACCAAUUUUCCUGGUUCUAAAGGCAAGUUCUAAAACUCAGAAUUUCCAUGUGUUUAUUUCCUAAAAAUGAUUUGGACCUAGUACUAGACAGAGCACUCAGCCCUGACAAGAAAGCCAAUAAGGUGCAGAAGGUAUUCUGUGCCCACAGUUUUUCUGUGUCCUGGGCCCCCAGAUCCUGGGAUGAGCUCCAUGCAAUGCUAUAACCAACAGAUAUUCAGCCCACAACCUCCUGUUUUGUGAACCUCUAAAAUGAUUCUCAAAAUUCCUUCACAUUUCUCCACCUUGCUUCUGUCUCCACACCUCAUACUACUUGGGGCUCUGAAGCUCAGAUUCACAUUUUUACAUUCACUUGUAGAAACAUUGGGACAUAGGAGUGGACGAGAAGGUAUGUGCCUGUGUAUGUGAGUGUGGUUUCUCCACCUGGACUAUGAGGGCCACUUUCACUAAUGAAUCACACGCGCGUACCACCUAGCUCCCUCAUUGGUCUUCUGGUCCAGGGCCAGUUCUGCUGGGACUGAUUAAGGAGAACAGGAUGGUGGGGCUCCUGAGGUAUCUCCCCUAUCUUGUCUUUUUAGACCUUUCCAUUGGUUUUCAUCGGCUCCUCCCCAGGGAGCCAUUUGAAGAAACUCCUCUGUGACACUUCUGGACAGGCCAGUGUACAGAAAGCCAGGAUUUAAAUUCAAUGUGGACUCAGUCAUUCGGAAAUAGCCCUCAGGUUGCAGCCUUUCCUAACUCAGCAAAUUUGCUUCUUAGGGCCUCUAGUUUGAUUUCUGUUACUUGAGCCCAGGGAUCUAUCCACUUACUGAAAUCUAAAUUUUUUAAAAAAUUAGAGACACAAGUAACUUUCAGGAUUUCCCUAUUUUAAAGCACCCAUGACAGUCCCUUUCUAUGUUCUGUUCAGGAUUUCCAUUAUUAGAAAGGGAAACCAGGUUUGUGCCUUGGACCUAAAAGGAGUCCCCCUGCCAAAAGCAAAGUGAGGACUGAGGAUUGGCCAGUACUACUGUACAGAACCAGGCAGCAGAAUUUUGUUAAGUUAGCACUUAUAUUCAGUGCUUAAUAAGUGCCAGAAAUACACUUAAGACAAACAAGGGAGACAGGAAUUUACAGAUCAGUAUCCUAAACUGGAAGGAAGAGGUAAGGUGAUUCCCCCAGUGACAAGAACGUGUCCCUGGAUCAGAAUUUCAAGAAGAAGCAGAAACUUAGAGAGACCACAAUCCCAGUCUAGGUAAGAUUCCAACACAAAAUGGAAGGGAGCCCUCUGUGGGGUGAUAUACAAAGGGUUUUUCUUGUCUUUCUUUUUCUUUUCUUUUUUUAAAAAGCAUUCCUUACUGGCUUGCUACCAGCAAUUGAACUGUAUUCUUUAUAUAGCUAGAGCUGUUUGUGUCUUCUUAAAAUAAACUUUUUCGGUUAAAUCAU